AUGAUCUCCGGUGAUCAGACCAAGGAUCUUUGGGCCAUCCUUGUUGUGGUGUUUCUGCUUCCAGUCGUCAUGCUGAGCAUGAGAAUGACGGGAGGCGGAAAGAAGAAGGGCCAAAAAGCAAGUAGAUCUCGCUUCGUAUCCCAAGUCGCUGCGUCCUUCUUUGCCACCAUCCUCCUCGGUUUCUUCGGGAUGUUUGGGCUGGCACUAAUGUAUGCAUCCUCGAGCCAAGUCGACUAUGCAGCCGCUGGAGCCGGCUGGUGGAGAGAGACCCUGAGGGUCUUCUGCCAGGAGGAAGGGCUGCACUUCGGUCAAGGCCAUGUGUCCGACUUGACGUGCGACCACGACGUAUUUCAGCUCGAGAGAAUUGACGAGAACACCUUGGCGUACCUUCCCCGUCCGUUCAUCGCCUCGAUGAUCAUCCGCGAUCCACGGGGCAUUGUUUUGGAGGAGUACGAGAAGCUGACAAGCCAGUGCAUGAUCAAAGGGAAGAUGCUUAAAGCCGCAACCUCGAUUGAGCACAUCCAGGGGGACUCGACGCAGCAGGAGAGGAGACGUCUGCGAGAAAUCGAUCUGAGCAUGAAGCUGAACUACGAAGACCUGUGGGGCAAUGCAGCGGCUGGAUUUGCCGAAGCAGGGAGAUGGUAUGGGCUCAAGCACUUUUCGAGGGCUAACAUUGACACGUUCAAGAGAGAAUUCGGGCACUCCUUGGUGGAACUCGGAUACGAAGGCAGCCUGGACAGCUGGUAG